AUGGUUUCCACUCCCCACGAAGCGCCCUCACCUGAAUCUCCAUUGGUACCCACAGCCAGUGAGAUUCCUGUUGAUGGGCGCAGUCCAAUUGCGAUCGAUAAUUUUAGCGAUGACACCAACAGUCAAUUCGAUGAUGAUCUCUCCGAUCUCACCUCCCUAUCGGAGAGCGUAUUUGAAUUUGAGUAUGAGAAUGGUCGGCGAUAUUGCAGUAACCGCACAAACAUUCUGGACUUGGGAACCGGAACAGGGAUCUGGGCUAUGGAUAUUGCCGAGAAAUUUCCUCACGCCCACGUCAUUGGAAACGAUAUCAGCCCUAUCCAGCCCAGUUGGGUGGCCCCAAAUAUCGAGUUCAUCGUCGAGGACUUUGAAAGCGAAUGGGAUUAUGAACGAAACCAUUUUGAUUUUAUUCAUGCACGAUGUCUGGCAGGAUGUGUGGCCGACUGGCCCGGGUUUAUCGGCCGGAUCUACGACCACGUCAAACCCGGCGGUUAUUUUGAAUCGCACGAGAGUGCCGUGUGGGCCCGGAGCGACGAUGGCUCCCUGAAGAAUAAUUCAGCGCUCAUGGAAUGGCAACAGGCCCUCAACUUUGCCGGAGAGAAGAUCGGCCGGGAGCUGAACAUCUAUCAUAAGCUGAAGAACUGGAUGAUUGCGGCCGGUUUCAAGGAUGUCAGCUUGAGGGUUUACACGCUGCCAUUCUCGCCCUGGCCACGCGAUCCCCAUUUGAAAGCCCUCGGAAAGUACCAGGCAGUACAAUUGCAGCAAGCCAUCGAUUCCUAUUCGCUGCGCUUGUACACGCAGGUGCUGGGCUGGGGUUCGGAUGCAGCCAAGAUUCAUAAUGCUGUGGUCAAGCAGGAGCUGCGAGAUAAGAGGCUACAUGCGGCGUGGGAGCACCCUGAUGCCUACGUUGAAGCUCUCCUCGGCUUCUCGACCACGUCGGUGCUCUUUAUGAAUUUGUGCGGUGGCGUGCAUAUGGUCGACUUCCUGACCCGUGAGCCCGACCUCUAUACACAAACAUUGCCAAAGGAAUGGAUAUCUUUCUUUGAACAGCAUGAUGUUCAAGAUAUCAUCCGUUUACUACUACGGGAAGACAUUGAACACUUAGGAGGCGCCGCCGAGCCUUCCUUAGAUCAACGCCGCGGUACUUGGAAUGGAGGAGCCUUUCCUCCACAGACCCUCUUGGAAUAUAUAUCCAACGUCCGUUUACUGACACUUCAACGCGAAAUGUGUCCCUCAUCCCCAGAGAGAGUCGAAUUGCCAAAGCAAGUUGCUAUGCAUAUGAACCGAAAGAAAGUACACGAAGUUCAAUGCUUUUCUCAACAUGUUGCAUCUUUAUCAGAAACUGUCAAUAAACACCGAGGUGAACCAGUCACUCAUAUUGUGGAUUUUGGGUCUGGACAGAACUAUCUUGGACGGACACUGGCCAGCUCGCCUUACUACAAGCAUAUCAUCGCAAUUGAGCGUAAGCAUCAGUACAUCAACGGUGCCAAGAGCAUGGAUGUCCGAGCCAAGUUGGCAAAGAAUCCGAAGGCUCAAAUUUCUCGCAAGACAAAAUUUUCAUGCGAUGGAUCCGAUGGAACCUCGGAAGUGACUGUUUCUGAAACGACGGAGACCUCCCAACCACCGACAGAGGACUCGCAGGUCUCGGAUGUCCCUCUCUUCGAGAUGGGCAAGAUCAGCCUUCAAUCUGACGAACUAGCUGGAUGUCCCGUCAAAAUUCCACAAGAACAGCUGCCGGAGCCAGAGAUCCAGACAUGUGGUACUCUCAGCUACAUUGAGCAUGAAAUCCAAGACGGCCACCUAGAGCCCAUUAUCGAGCAUAUUAUCCAGCCAUCUCCCACUGGAGCUUCAGAUGAUAAACGAAAACAAGAUAACGAUGCUAGGGUGAUGGUAGUUUCCCUUCACUCUUGUGGAAACCUUGUUCACCAUGGUCUACGAUCCCUGACUCUAAAUCCUUCGAUUGUGGCCGUUGCUAUGAUUGGCUGUUGCUACAAUUUGUUGACAGAACGCCUCGGUCCAACCACACAUAACCUCCCUAUUCUUCAAUCCCUCCACCCUCGGCUAAAAGAGACUGGAACAUCAUACGAUCCGCAUGGGUUCCCUAUGUCCAAAUAUUACGAGAAUUACCGAAGCCCCGGGGCAACUACCGGCAUGAAGCUUAACAUCACAGCUCGUGCGCUGGCCGUGCAGGCUCCAUACAAUUGGGGCGUCAAUGACAGUGAAGUAUCCUUCACCCGUCAUUUCUUUCGCGCUCUUCUCCAGCGGAUCCUCGUUGAUCGAGGUAUUAUUCCUAAACCCUCUGUGCCGGAGGACGGCCCAUCGGACAGAAUCUUUCCAGAAGCUAGAUCUAUUAUAUUAGGAGCAUUGCCUAAAGCUGCCUUUAAGUCCUUUACUGCAUAUGUUCGUGCCGCGACGACCAAGAUGAGCCGGGACUCGAUAUACGGCCCCCAGGUGCAGGAGAAGAUCGCUACUCUGACCGAUGAGGAGAUUCAAUGCUACGAGACUCAGUAUCUCCAUGCGAGGAAAAAUAUGAGUGUUGUGUGGAGCUUAAUGGCGUUUAGUGCUCAGCUUGUCGAGGCUAUCAUUGUUGUGGAUCGGUGGCAAUUUCUUCGUGAACAAGACUUGGUCAAAGAAUGCUGGGUUGAGCCGGUGUUUGACUACAGUGAGAGUCCACGAAACUUAGCGGUCAUUGGACUCAAAAAGUGA